CCUACCUAGAUGCACUCUCUAACCAACUCCUAGCGUGUGGACAUUCAUGUCGAAUUCCACCGCGUCGGACAGCGACCAUGGGCUCACAGAGGGUAUCUACACUAGCAGAGCAUGUCUUGAGUCUGUCCUUGUCUCUGUUUUCACCACUAUUGCCUCCUACAACAUCAUCGAGCUCCUGAUUCUCUGCUUUACCAGAUUCAAACGGAGGGACGUUUACUUUUGGACCUUGCUAGUUGCAACCCUUGGAAUCAUUCCCUAUAAUCUUGGCCUGAUCCUCAAACUUUCUAACGUCGUCCACAACAAUAACAUCUCAUUAACGUUUGCGAGCAUUGGAUGGUAUUGCAUGGUGACCGGCCAGUCUAUGGUGCUAUGGUCACGACUCCACCUCCUGAUUCAGAGUCAAAAGGUGCUGCAUGGUACUUUGUGCAUGAUCGUCGUCGAUGCUUUUGUACUCCAUAUCCCUACCACAGUGCUUGCCUUUGGCGCCAAUGCACCGAGCCGUCCCCGGGCAUUCGUGAAGGGGUAUGAAAUUAUGGAAAGGGUACAGUUGAUCGGAUUCUUUGCUCAGGAGGCUCUGCUAUCAGUUUUAUACAUCUGCAAAACAGUUGAGUUUCUCAAGACUCAUGUCAGAAAUCGUUACUGGGGUAUACUGCAUCAACUGCUGGUUAUCAACAUCCUUAUCAUCCUGAUGGAUGCUUCAUUCGUUGCAGUUCAGUACUCAGGGUUUUACGCAAUCCAAGUCACUCUAAAGGGCCUGGUUUAUAGCGUCAAGCUGAAGCUGGAGUAUGCCAUUCUGGGCAAGCUCGUCAAGGCUGUCAAUGCACAACGCAAGGCCGCCGGAUCGUACUGCGACACAGAUCGCACAGACAAGUCCUCCAUGCCAUAAUCAUGUUCAAAGCACCGGGCCGUUAACUCUUUACGCUGGCGAUUCUUACCACUGCCUUACGGGCACCACCAGUGCUGACGCUGCACCGAAAGUCUCUUGAUAUCAAGAUGGAGAUUAAUUCAGAACCGGAUGAGUGGGGCAGGAAGAGGAAAGCAAUUAAAGGACAGUGACUAGGAGAACGGCGAUAGGACCGACGUGCUGGACACGCUGGGGAUGUGGCAGAUUUCUGAAAAGACAUGUCGAUGUGACCAGUUUUAUGCAUAACACUAGAGCUGUUAAUGAAGGCAAGAUGGAAGAAGGAAGAUGGAAGAUGGAAG